AUGGCUCGAGUACUUGAAGGGAAAUUCGGCAUCGUCACUGGAGGAUCGCGGGGAAUUGGCGAAGCAAUUGCCCGUAACCUGGCUGCAAAGGGCUGCUCAUUACUUCUGAUCUUUACUUCGGAGUCCUCGCGCGCCCACACCGAAGAACUGUGCUCCUUUUUAGCCAAAACCUAUAACAUCAAAUGCGAGAGCUUGCAAGCCGACCUAAGCCAGCCUACCGAAGCCGUGAAAGCAAUCAUCGCUACCGCGCAGCAGCAUUUCAGCACCGAUGGAAAACUCCAGAUCGACAUCCUGAUCAAUAAUGCUGGCGUAUCGCAAGACCGGACCCUGAACGACGCCAAUAGGGGCCCCAUCGAGGCCGAGCACUUCAACUGGCAUUACGCGAUCAAUGUCCUCGCCCCGCUCCUCCUCACACAGGCAUGCGCCCCAUUCCUCCCAACCGACCGAAGCGGCCGCAUCGUGAGCAUCUCCAGUGUAUCCUCGUCGCUGGGUUUCAUAGGCCAGUCGAUCUAUGGCGGUACCAAAGCAGCCGUUGAGGCGAUGACUCGCACCUGGGCACGUGAACUGUCCGAACGUGCGACCGUCAAUGCGGUUAACCCCGGCCCGGUCGUCGGUGAUAUGUACUUCAAGGCCGGAGAGCAGUUCUGGAAGGAUAUCCAAGGAUACCAGGAUAACACGCCUAUGAGCAAGCUGACGGAUCACGGGGACACUGUGAGUCGCUUGACUGAUGAGCAGAAGCAGUUAAUUCAGGAGAAGAUGGGUGGUCGUCGACCGGCUUUCACUGAUGAGGUUGCGGGUGUUGUUGGCAUGUUGUGUACGCCUGAUGCUCUCUGGUGUACUGGCAGUGUGGUAUGUGCCAACGGUGGCAUGAAGAUGGGACAAUAG